AUGGCAGCUUUACGUAAUUGCUCGUUUAUCCCUCAAAGAUGGGUAGUCGUAUUAAUGGCAUUUUUCGGCCUAUUCAACGCGUACUCCAUGCGUAUUUGCCUGUCAAUAGCCAUUACCCAAAUGGUGCAACCUUCUAUCGGCAGUGUAGAAUACGUAGACGAUACUUGCCCGGAUUAUCAUAACAACGACAAUACCACCAUAAAUAACAAUAAUGACACAGAUAUCGAUGGACAAUUGUACGAUUGGAGCGAAUACACACAGGGUAUAAUACUCUCCUCGUUCUACUGGGGCUAUCUCCUGACCAACCUGCCGGGAGGAGUGAUCGCUGAGAGGUUCGGGGGUAAGCACACCCUCGGCUUGGGCAUCCUCUCCACGGCCGUGCUGACCAUCCUGACCCCGAGUUGCGUCAUCUGGGGCGGCUCGACCGCCCUCGUCUAUCUGCGGGUGCUCAUGGGGUUCUGCGAGGGUGCCACUUACCCGGCCAUCAGCGUGCUGCUCUCGCAGUGGGUGCCGCAGAACGAGAGAUCCAAGGCGGGUUCCGUGGCCUUCUCGGGCGCGCCACUGGGCACAAUUUUCGGCAUGACGGCCUCGGGCUUGAUCCUGCAGUACUCCGCGGGAACGGGAUGGCCCAUGGUGUUUUACUUCUUCGGUGGCGUCGGGAUCGUAAAUUUCUUCCUCAACAGCAUGCUGUGCUACAACAAGCCCACCGAGCACCCUUUCAUUUCCGAGGCGGAAACCAAGCUACUCAAGAAACAACUCAAGCACACGCACGAGAGUGUACCCCCGACGCCUUGGCGACACAUCCUCACCUCCCUGCCCGUAUGGGCUCUCAUGGUAGCGACGAUCGGCAACUCUUGGGGCUUCCUCACGAUUUGCAGCGACAUGCCCAAGUACAUGUCGAGCGUCCUUAAGUUCUCCGUACGCGAGAACGGCUACUUCUCAUCCCUGCCGUACCUCUGCAUGUGGCUGACGAGCUGCUUGGCCUCGUGGCUUUCGGACCGGCUGAUCUCCGGGGGCGCCGCGUCAAUCAGCGCCGUCCGAAAGAUCGGCUGCACCAUCGCCUCCCUGGGGCCCGGCGUCUUCGUCGUGGCGGUCUCUUACGCCGGCUGCGACGGCUUCCUCGCCGUGGCCAUGCUCACCAUCGGCAUGGCCCUCAUGGGUUGCGCCAUCAGCAGUAUACUCAUCAACGCCCUCGACCUCGGGCCCAACUACGCCGGGACCAUCAUGGGCCUGGCCAACGGGAUAUCGACGCUCAGUGGCAUCGUCUCGCCCUACGUCGUCGGGGUCAUCACGCCCAACCAGACCAUAAGCGAAUGGCGCGCGGUCUUCUGGAUCGUCUUUGCCUUCUUUGUCGUCUCGAAUGCGUUCUACUUGGUGUACGGGAGCGGGGAGCUGCAGGAGUGGAACGACCCCAAGUUUUUGAAGAAAGAGAGACGCCUUGCCGACAGCGCGGACGUCAAAAAGGAGUCGGAACUGCUGGCCGUCGAGUCGCAAUUUACCGAUCACGUCGAGCCUUGA